AAUGUCUGGACGAGGGAAAACCGGUGGCAAAGCUCGGUCCAAGGCCAAAUCUCGCUCGUCCCGGGCCGGACUGCAGUUCCCGGUGGGCCGUGUUCACAGGCUCCUGAGAAAGGGUAACUAUGCUGAGCGUGUGGGUGCCGGAGCCCCGGUCUAUCUGGCCGCUGUGCUCGAGUAUCUGACAGCUGAAAUCCUCGAGUUGGCCGGCAACGCAGCCCGGGACAACAAGAAAACCCGCAUCAUCCCCAGACACCUUCAGCUGGCCGUCCGCAACGACGAGGAGCUCAACAAGCUGCUGGGAGGGGUGACCAUCGCUCAGGGCGGGGUGCUGCCCAAUAUCCAGGCCGUGCUGUUGCCCAAGAAAACCGGCAGCGCCAGCAAGUGA